AUGGCUACGCAGCAUAAGACGGGCAGCCCUCCAGGCCCAAAAAAGAAUGAAAGAUGGACCAUGUCGUUGCCGUGGUCCAACGAUAACAAUGGAAAAUUUAUAGUUGACUCAUCGAAUUUACCUGAAUCAGCAGCAGAGGGCAUCCGAGGACACCUGAAGAGCCAGGAACAUCAUAUAGAAGAAGCUCGUCAAUGGCAAAACGCAUCUUCGAACGUAAAAACUUUUACGUUAGUAAACAACUGCAAAGAGACAAUAUGGCCUGGAAUCAUAACAAGAGGUAGCGACAGUAAUGAUCAAGGUUUUACUCUAAAACCAGGCCAGAACGCCUUCUACAAUGCCACCACCGCCGGAUGGAGUGGUCGGAUAUGGGCCAGAACCGAUUGUAAUUUCGAUAAGAACGGCACUGGAAAAUGCCAGACGGGUAGCUGUGGCACCUCUCUGAAGUGCACAGGUCCAAGUAGCCCACCCAACACCAUUGCUGAAUUCACUCUUAGUAAUGAUGUUGAUUUCUACGAUAUUAGCCUUGUGGAUGGAUUCAAUUUGCCUUUAGUAAUUGCUCCUAUUAAUGGCAAAGGAAACUGUAGCAUUGCCGGUUGCGACGGAGAUCUACGACAGAAUUGUUCGUCUGAACUGGCCGUCAAGUCGGAUGGGAAGGUCGUUGCUUGCCGGAGCGCAUGCGAUGUAUUCAACACCGACGAAUAUUGUUGUCGAGGAGCAUUUGCAAAUCCUGUUGCUUGUCUACCAAGUAACUAUUCCAGGAGUUUUAAACAAAUAUGUCCUGCAGCAGCUAGUUAUGCAUUCGACGACCGUUCAAGUAUUAUAACUUGCUCUGCAUCCGAAUACAUUGUCACCUUCUGUGCCUCGAGGUAA